CCACACUGGAAUAGUCCGAAAACCUGUUAGCUUGCGUUAUUUAGUUAAAUUUGCGGAGAAGAGCAGGCAGGCGCAGUCAGGCAAGAUGAGCAAGGAAAUCCGUUUGGCCACCGUCAACGAACACAACAAAGCCACGGAUCUGUGGGUGGUCAUCGACAACAAGGUCUACGAUGUGACCAAGUUCCGUCUCGAGCAUCCCGGUGGCGAGGAAUCCCUGGUGGAUGAGGCCGGUCGCGAUGCCACCAAGGCCUUCAAUGACGUGGGUCACAGCUCGGAGGCGAGAGAGAUGUUGAAGAAAUACUACAUUGGUGACCUGGCUGCUGCGGACAUCAAGAAGAAAAGCCCAAUUAGGUGAGAAUCCUGUCCAGCAAGUGCAUGCAAAGACCCAACCAAGCCAAAAUGCCAUAUCAUCAUGUAAAUAAAGAAAGCCCUGCGGAUUUCCCUUCUCCGCUCCCACACGGAUUGAUCUCCUUAUCUCGCUAGAACACCAGUAUUCCUGAUAAGGCAUUUCAUCAUCAUCAUUUCGUACGCUCCACUUUCCUUAAUGCAUGAAGCUCCUAUUCCGACCACAACCGGUUUCGCAUGAGCAUGGCCUGCGUUUCAAUCAAUAAGUACAAUUAGCCAACUCUUAUGUAAUCCAUUAAUUGCCUCGAAGCCCCCAAAGUUUCACGCUUCACGUGUCCUGAAAGUCUCUAUUUCGUACACUUUUUGGUGUACUACUUUGAUACCCUUUGAUACGAUUGGAUACCCUGAAGAAGAUAAUGAUGAUACAGAAGUGUUCCUUAAAUUAUAUCAAUUAUUUAUAUUCCCAUAUAGAGUAUCAACUUUUUCUUUACCAACCGCUAACAAAGCCACAAUACUUAAUAUUUAAUGAAUCUAAUGAAUCUCAACUUGCAUGUAUGAUAUUUGCUCCAUUCAAGAUUUAAUUCCUUCUCAAGCACGAAAAUAAGGUUCUACAAAAGCUAGUUGGACUUGUAAGUUCUAACCACUGACCUGUGUACAUAUAUUACCCAUCAUGAUUAACCCAAAGCACACGUCAAGCAACUGGAAUUAUGUACAUAUAUAAAUGUGAUAAUCUAGAAUACCAACAAUUUGCACGCUGUAAUUGGUCACUCUUUGGUUUUGUGAAUGGCACCCCACCUUGACUUGCGUUUUUAUUUUGAUUCUUGGUUCUGUGCCUUGGUAAAGUGCCACGCCUACUGAUGCCGCCGCCACCCCCAAGCAAUGCUGCAUCCUAAGUUAAAUCAACCCCUCUAGAAAUGCCUGCAAAACCGUGUAAUCCUAGCUAGCUAACCAAAGUGCACCCAGUUUUGUUGUUGUGACACCCAGUCGGUCGGAGUGCCUUAUCCUGACCAUGAUACUCCCAUUGAUUUAAACCGCCUUUCAUAUUCUCUAUUCCAUGCAACAGCUGCCGUCAUGUGGCACUGGCCCUGGGCGCCGCCUUCAUCGGCAUCUCGCUGGUCUAUGUGAUCCGACGCGGUGUGGCCAGAAACUAGUCUGCGGCCGGACUGCAUUACGAGAUUCCAGAUAUAUUCCCCCAAUUUGGGAACAUCAAUUUCCUCACACAUUUGACACGAAAUAAAUUGUACAAAUUGCUUAAAUUACAC